AUGGACGCACCAUCGUUGCACCUCCCGCACCCGCAUUCACACAGCCAACACCACCGCCAGGUCCCGAGCAACUACAACCACCACCACGAUAACUACCACAAUCACAGCCCUCCCGACGACGACGCCAGCGCCAACGCCAACGCCACCCCAUCCUCUGCCACUGCUGCGCCCUCCUCGCCACUCUCGAGCGCGGCGACGUCUCGCUCUCCCGUCGCCGUGUCGCAUCCGCUUCCCGACGACGCCGCCAAGCACCAGCAGGAGCUUGAAGGCCCUCACGGCCAUCGGCAGCAGGAGCGGCGGCAUGCCGAAAGCUUGCUCAAUGGCGAAAACGAUGACGUCGACGAUAUCGACGACCGUGGCCAUUCCCUGAAGAAGCAGAAGCGCAACAAGCCCACCUUGUCUUGCCGCGAUGUGAUCGAGGCAGGCCCAACUGUCUCGCCUGCAUCAGAAGACAAUCCGAUUGCAAAUAUGCUCACGUGGCCAAUCUUCUCGAGUACGUCUUGUGCCGACGAGCCUAACCCCUCCAGAUACGAGCUUGAAUGCACGCCCAAGGUCAUCGGACUGACAUCUCGCCCUAUUUUCACUUGCAGGGAGAGGUCUCGUUCCGUCGUCAACGCCCGCCGCAUGACGAAGCCACCCAGGCCACCCUCCGCGUACGGCAACCUGUCGACACCCAACAUUGCCGAUCGGGGAGCCAUCAUCGACCACGAUGCCUCGUCCCGUGGCGCCGUCGCCCUCUCCAUCGGCCUGCUCUCCAAUGUGCCCUACUCCGUCACGGGCGCCAGCAACGUCUUCGGCAUCGGAUCGGAGCACCCCUUUGCCAACUACUGGACCUGCGACGGCGGCCUGGCCGAGGUCAUCCUAGUCCUCCCCGACAAGAUCCAGGCGGACAUCUUGCUGGCCCGAUACUUUGAAUGCGUCGAUCCCGUCUACCCGAUGAUCCAUCGUCAAACAUUUUACGCCGACUAUGAGCACUUCUGGCAGCUUGCGAGGCCCGACAGGAACGAGGCGGAUGCGUCCUUUGUCGGCCUCAUGCUCGUCAUGCUCGCCCUCGGCACCCAGUUUGUCACGACGACAACGCCCAAGGAGCGGAAGCAAACGGCCGAGUUUUACGCCUCAGCCAGCAACCAGGCCCUCCGCAUGUCGUCGUACCUCAGCACCGCCUCGCUCUGUUCCAUCCAGGCCAUGGUCCUCAUGACCUACUUCCUCAUCAACGACAACCACGCAUCUGAUGGCUGGGCCUUUGCCGGCAUCCUUAUCCGACAGGCCUAUGCCAUGGGACUGCACCGCGACCCCAACAUUGGUACGUGCGCCCUGCUCUUGCCUCGCCCCGAACUCGACGCCCUCGCUGACCGUCCCCCGUCAGUGACGCCCACGGCAAACCCGUUCGAGAAACAGCAGAGGCGAAAGGUUUGGCAGGCCGUGUUGCUUCAAGACACCUUCAUGUGCGUUUUGCUGUCCUUGCCUCCGUCGGCGACCCAUACGGAUGUGUCCGUCGACGACUUGCUCGACGACAGCUCGUCCAUUGCCAGCAGCGACCCGACGGACACGGCCUACAUCCGCGCCUCGUGGAUGCUCGCCAGCCUUGUCCAAGAGAGGAUUUGCUCGCCCCGAUCCCUCGAUCUUCCCAUUUGCACGACACCGAGGCACAAGUCGCGGCUCGUUGCCGACUUCCGCGCCGUCUACCGCUCCUUUCCCGACGUGUUCCGAUCGUGGGAUACCUACAGCCUUACGCGCCUGGCUGCGACGAACAAGCGGGUCGUCCGGCAGACGCUGUUCCUCACGAGCAACUAUUUUCACAACCUUAUGCUCGUGCACGCGUCCGAGUGCCCUGAUGUCCCCGUCAACAUUCGAGGGACACUCGAGGCGGCCCACGACGCUAUCAGCGCCUUCUUCCUGCUCUUCACCCUGCUCGAGGCCGAGGCGCGCGUCUGGUGGGUGUUUCAGCAUCGUGCCUUCCUCGAGGCGCUGUGCAUCGGAAACGUGCUGCGCGAGGCCGUUAAGGAAUCCGGCGGCGAGGAUGUGUUUCAGCGGGAGCCGCUCUUCAUGCGGGCGCGCGCCGACAUCCGUACGUGGCAUGAACCCGAUACAUCGGCCGUGCUCGCCCUCCCCAUUUCUCCCACUUUCUUUCUCCUUGUCAGGUGA